AUGCUAUAUCGCAUUGGAUUCCGAAGCUUGAGCAGACAUUACCUUUUCUCCUCCGCCUUUCGAAGAUGUCUCGCUCAGCCACGUGGGUUGAACGCCCUGCGCUGGAGUUCAUCUCAGCCGCUCCCUCGCGGCCGGUCGUCCUCUGCGCCAGUCCCUGAUCUAGAUGAAUGGUCUACACGAGCAAGCCAGCACACGACCUCCGAUACAAUAUAUGCACUAUCUACUGCCUCAGGCCGAGCUGCUAUAGCCGUUAUCCGCAUCUCCGGCCCGGCAUGUUUGCAGAUUUAUCAACAGCUCUGCCCGAAUCGCGGACUCCCUAGACCUCGCACCGCGGCGCUACGAAAGCUCUACGAUCCCGAAACCGCACGAUCCUCAGAUCCCCGAGUCCUUGAUACUGGCUCAUUGGUCCUAUACUUCCCUGCGCCCAACACGGUGACCGGCGAGGAUGUACUGGAGUUCCACGUCCACGGUGGCCCCGCCAUUGUUCGCUCGGUGUUGGCCGCCAUAGCGAGAUGUGGGCACUUGAUGCACGGAAGAGAAGGAACAGUGAGACAUGCCGAACCUGGCGAGUUCACAAAAUGGGCAUUCUACAAUGGAAGAUUGGAUCUCACCCAGGCUGAAGCCCUGGGCGAGAGCCUCGCAGCCGAGACCGAACAACAGCGGCGAUUAGCUGUCAGCGGCGCAGAUGGCGGACUCGCGAAACGAUACGAAGAAUGGCGUACCAUGUUGCUAUAUGCUCGAGGGGAGCUAGAGGCUCUGAUCGACUUCUCGGAGGACCAACAUUUCGAUGAGUCGCCAGUCGAGUUUGUGGCCUCGAUCUCGAAGCAGGUCAAAGCACUGAAGAGACAAAUUGAGCUUCACCUUCAGAAUGCCUCAAAAGGGGAACUGCUGCGCAAUGGCAUCAACGUAGCUUUCCUGGGGGCACCAAACGCGGGCAAGAGUUCCUUGCUCAACCAGAUCGUUGGACGAGAGGCUGCAAUCGUCAGCGCCGAAGAAGGGACCACUCGAGACAUUGUCGACGUGUCGAUCGAUCUCAAUGGUUGGCUAUGCAGACUUGGUGACAUGGCCGGACUCCGCGCCACUGGCACUGUCGGCGAGCAGCAGCAGCAGCAACUUGUCGGCGCCGUGGAACUCGAAGGCAUCCGUCGAGCACGAGAGCGGGCCCUACAAUCGGACGUUGUUCUGGUUCUAUUGCCCGUCGAAAUGGAUAAAGAUGGGAACCCGCAAGUCCCUGUCAACGGAGAAGUACUUGAGGCUGUGCAACAAUGCGAUGCUGCCGGCAAGAUUAUUCUCGUUGUUCUAAAUAAGAUUGACCUGCUCGGCAUGCAUGAUGAUCCAAGACAAGAAGGCAUGAUAGCCUUGCAGACACGGAUCCAUCAGAUAUUCCCAACUGUCCCUGAACGACGGAUUUGCUUGGUAUCCUGCAAAGAUGCAACAACCAACGUGGUCGGCUCCGAUCCAGGUGGGAUCCAAGCAUUCCUCAAACAACUAACCAGCUCAUUCAUGGAGUUGACGACACCGUCAGCCAGCGAAGACAUUGCGGAAGCGCGACUGACUGCGGCAGAAGCGCAGUCCUACUGGACCACGUCCCUUUCAGUCACGCAUCGGCAGACCACGUACCUCUCGCAGUGCUUACAUCAUCUCGAGGACUUCCUUGCCCAGAGCCAGUCACGGCCGCAAUCUCACCUGCAGAUGGAUACCCCGGAAUUCUCCGAUUCGCCUGAUUCUGCCACUGAUUACCGCACUGAUCGCCACAAUGACCUUGUUGCUCCAAAUAUAGCACAGGUCGUUGGAGAUGGGGAUACAGAUGGUGCAGUCGAUAUCGUGACUGCAGCGGAACAUCUCCGUUUCGCCGCCGACUGCCUCGCCAAAAUCACGGGCAAGGGAGGAUCCGGUGAUGUGGAGGACAUCCUUGGAGUCGUCUUCGAAAAGUGA